UCAAAGGUUGAUUGUCAAACGAGCAAAACAAAAAGAAAUUCCUUGAUGAAUUUCCACUUCUAACUGAAUUUUAAGGCGUUAAUUACUAAAUAACUUAAUUAAAACCAUAAGAACAAUGUUCCCGAACAUCUCUGGCCGUGUUAGAGCGGCAUCGAAGCGAACUACGCCAUUGUUGAGUUUUGUCCGGACACACAAAGCGGCAUAUGAAGGGGAAGGCAAAACGACAGUGCGUGUGCUGAACCAGGAAGAAGAUCUGGGGCUAAUGAUCGACGCUUACGCCACGUAUGGCUUCCGUCUGAACAAUGGUAUCACGGUCCUCGGGCCGCUGGCGAUCUUCCCUCGCACCAUCCUGUCUUGGCAGGUGCCGCACUCCGAGGCUAUCACGCCGGAGUCUCUGAGGCUCUUUAAGUUGCUGGACCCUAGGAUGGAUCUCAUUGUGAUAGGCAUCGAGAGUAAUGAGCGAACCAUAAUGAACAAGGUGUUCAUGGCUGUCAAACAAGCGGGAUUGACGGCAGAGAUACUGCCUGUUGAACACGCGUGUGCCACCUUCAACUUUCUGAAUGCUGAAGGACGAACGGUAGCAGCGGCGCUUAUUCCCCCCCUCAACGUGGAGCCGAACGAAAACGACAUGCUGCAAUCACAGCUACAUUACCAGAACUUGUACCAGAAGGACCUCUCCGGGUGAACGCGGGAUAGUCAGGAUACCUCAAUAGCCGAGACACACGCCGCGAGGCAAUCUGUUCGCGAGGCAAUGUGCUCACGAGGCAAAUUUUCAGAAUUUGGGACUCCCCAAUAGGCUACUAGACUCAUAUCGAAUUUGGCACAAAAUAUGUUUGUAGAUUUUGGGUAUUAAAAGUAAGUAUAUAGGGUAUUUUCGAUUAAAUGUGUGUAAAUUUUUAUUUAUUU